UUUUCAGAAAACGGGGUCAGAGCUGCAGACCAUAAAGCAGUUAAAAUAAACCUGCAAAUGAAUAUAUACUGUAAUGAUCUAUAUUUGCAAAGAAGCCAUUAUCGCACAUUUUAAUAGUAUUUGUUUAUUUUUAAUUCGUUUAACUUUCUCCUGUUGGUGUUUAACGGCCGUAUUUGUAGCUUUACAAAGAGAACAGUGUCCAAAACGAACCUCGGGUUUCCCGGACUAGAGGAGUGUCCAAAACGAACCUCUGGUUUCCCAGUGUGCAAGAAAGUGGUCAGCACAUUUUCCUAUAGUUGGAAGCAGCAGAAGGCCCUGAUAAGUGCACAGGAUAAACUGAGUCUGCCCCUCCACAAGCUCAUCACGGAAUCCCCGACAAGGUGAGGUUCUCACCUGCAGAUGAUGGAAAAAGUCCUGGAGCAGGAAAAGGCCAAACUACAAUUCCUGGCAGCAGACAAAAAAACACGGCACCUUGCACCCUCCUGACAAGACAUUGAGGUCUUUGAAUCUAUCACAGCAGCACUUAAGCCCCUCCAGGAGAGACAUACGUGAGUGUGUCCUAUCUGAAGCCUGUUCAAUAUGGUGGUUCUGAAAUUAAAUGAUGGCGAAGCCAACCUGACCCGAGAGAUUAAGAUGAGGGUACUCAAUUACCUGAAUGACAAAUACACCAACCCUGAAACAGAUGAGCUGCUCACCAAUAUCUACCUUUCUGGACUCAAGGUUCAAGACCACCUACAUGACCACUGAGAAGCUGGUGAAGGUGAGAGCUGCCUCCGAGACAGAAACCCCCCUCGUAUGGGAACACAGCCGUGGGAGACUUCUCUCUUGAAGAGGACUAGAGUGAGAGAGAGAAGGAAGCUGCCACUGCUCCACAAUCCGCAAAGAAGUCCAAGAAGAGCCUUGGGAGAUUCUUUAAGAAAAUCAGUAGUGCACAUGCCUUAAGAACCCAGAGACAGGUCACGGAGCGAUAGCUGGACAGCUACACUCUGAUGAUGGCAGCAGACAGUCAGGCUGAUCCUUUGGAGUGCUGGCGAGUUCACGCUUCCCACAACCACCAUGGCUGAGGAGCGGAGGCCGAAGCAGUGCACUGUGGUUCUGCCCACGGAGUCAAUGAAGGCCAUGGCAGAGUCCAUAGGAGUGGGGCAGCUACAGGAGGAGAGCUGUGCCGCCCUGAGCGAGGAGGUCAGCUACAGAAUAAAGGAGAUCGCCCAGGACGCGUUGAAGUUUAUGCACCAUGGAAAGAGAUGUAAACUGACGACCAGCGACAUAGAUCAUGCUCUUAAACUGAAGAAUGUAGAGCCUCUCUAUGGCUUCCAGUCGCAGGAAUUCAUUCCGUUCCGCUUCGCCAGUGGAGGAGGGAGAGAGCUUCACUUCUACGAGGAGAAGGAGGUAGACCUCAGUGACAUCAUCAACACACCCCUCCCUAGAGUCCCCCUUGACGUUUCGCUCAAAGCUCACUGGUUAAGUAUUGAAGGUGUCCAGCCUUCGAUACCAGAGAACCCACCCCCAGCCCCCAAAGAGCAGCAGAAGACUGAAUCUACAGAGCCUCUCAAAGCCGUCAAGCCUGGUCAGGAGGAGGAGGGCUCCAUCCAGAAGGGCCAGGGAGCUACAUCUGCAGAGCCUAAAGGAAAGAAGGAUGGUCUGAUGAGGAUGAAGCCCCGCAGUACUCACGAGCUCUCAGUGGAACAGCAGCUCUACUACAAGGAGAUCACGGAGGCCUGCGUCGGGUCCUGUGAGGCCAAGAGAGCUGAGGCCCUACAGAGUAUCGCCACAGACCCCGGGCUCUACCAGAUGCUUCCCAGAUUCAGCACUUUUAUUUCUGAAGGGGUCCGUGUGAACGUGGUGCAGAACAACCUGGCCCUGCUCAUCUACCUGAUGAGGAUGGUCAAGGCCCUCAUGGACAACCCCACUCUCUACCUAGAGAAAUAUCUGCAUGAGUUGAUCCCAGCGGUGGUGACGUGUAUAGUGAGUAAGCAGCUGUGUUUGCGGCCUGACGUGGACAACCACUGGGCUCUGAGGGACUUUGCUGCCCGUCUGAUGGCCCAGAGCUGUAAGACCUUCAGCACCACCACCAACAACAUCCAGUCGCGCAUCACUAAGACCUUCACCAAGAGCUGGUUGGAUGACAAGACUCAGUGGACGACACGCUACGGCUGUAUCGCUGGACUGUCUGAACUAGGACCUGACGUGAUCAAGACGUUGAUCCUGCCCAGGCUCACUGUAGAAGGAGCUCGUAUCAAAGCUGUGUCUGAUGGACCUGUUGUCUCCAACAUUGAUAAGAUAGGAGCAGACCACGUCCAAAGCCUUCUACUGAAACACUGUGCCAGCGUCAUUGCUAAAGCUCGUCCCCUGCCUGACAACGUGGAGCAGUACCGGGCAAACUACGGUUACCUGGGGCCCAUGCUGUGUUCUCAUGUGGUCAAGGCCAGGGCCCAGGCAGCACUACAGGCCCAGCAGGUCAACAGAACCACACUCACCAUCACACAGCCUCGGCCCACCCUAACGGUGUCUCAGAGCGGAAUAGGAGGGUCAGGGGGGUCCCGUACCCCCAGCAUCAUCAAGGUACCCAGCUCCCUCACCCUCAUGUCCACCCGACCAGGCACCCCAACACAGCCAUCGCCCCCGGCAACCAAGUACAUCGUCAUGGCAACCAGCUCAGGAUCAUCCUCCACCCAGCAGGUGAUCACUCGGACUUCCUCCUCAGUGACCAGCACGGUCGCCAGCGCUACCUCCACGCUGCAGCCUCUGGUCAAGCUGGAGUCCGGCGGGUCCGGCGGCCUGGGGGGGUCGCGACCCCUCCAGAAGUACAUUGUGGUGUCCCUCCCCUCGUCCUCCUCUCUGGAAAGUAAGAGUGGGGUUCUGCCUCCCCCAUCUUGCUGGAAGCCAGGAUAAAGGUGGAUUGCUCAGACUCCCCCGGCGCCAGCACACAGUCCCCGCACUAAGACUCUGGGUGUGUCCCAAAUGGCAAACAAUUCCCUUUAUAGUGCACUACUGUUGACCAGGGCCCAUAGGGCUCUGGUCAAAAGUAGUGUGCUAUAUAAGGAAUAUGGUGCCAUUUGACACUGGCUUGUAAUUGGCUGAGUGGGGUGAGACAGCCAUCUGAUUGGCUGAUAACAGAGACUAGGUGCCUGGGAGCGAGGACUUUUGGUGCAGGUGUGGAAACUAGCUUCUGGAGUAGCAAAGGAAUUGUCAGAAAACGGGGGAUGUGGCAAGUAAAAGUAUGUGAACCCUUUGGAAAUACCUGGAUUUCUGCAUAAAUUGGUCAUAAAAUUUUAUCUGAUCUUCAUCUAGGUCACAACAAUAGACAAACAUGUUCUGCUUAAACUAACACACAAACAAUUAUGCGUUUUCAUGUAUUUAUUGAACACACCGUGUAAACAUUCACAGACCAGCGUGUAAAAAGUAACUCUUGGAUUUAAUAACUGGUUGAACCUCCUUUGGCAACAAUAACCUCAACUAAAGAUUUUCUAUAGUUGCUGAUCAGACCAGCACAACGGUCAGGAGGAAUUUUGGACCAUUCCUCUUUACAAAACUGUUUCAGUUCAGCAAUAUUCUUGGGAUGUCUGGUGUGAACUGCUCUCUUGAGGUCAUGCCACACUAUCUAAAUCAGGUUAAGGUCAGGACAAUGACUGGGCCACUCUUGAAGCCAUUCUGUUGUUGAUUUACUUCUGUGUUUUGGGUCGUUGUCCUGUUACAUCACCCAACUUCUGCAGAGCUUCAGUUGGCGGAUAGAUAAAGACAUUUUGCAGAAGAAUGUUAGGCUAAACUUGGGAAUCCAUUUUUCCGUCGAUGAUAGCAAGCUGUCCAGGCCCUGAGGCAGCAAAGCAGCUCCAAACCAUGAUGCUCCCUCCACCAUACUUUACAGUUGGGAUAUGAGGUUUUUAUGUUAGUGUGCUUUGCCUUUAUUUCUCCAUACAUAGUGUUGUGUUCCUUCCAAACAACUAAACUGUAGUUUAAUCUGUCCACAGAAUAUUUUGCCAGUAGCGCUGUGGAACAUCCAGGUGCACUUUUGCAAACUUCAGAUGUGCAGCAAUGGGUUUUUCUGUGGUGUCUUCCCCUGAACACUAUUCUUGUUUAGUGUUUUACGUUUCGUAGACUCGUCAACAGAGAUGUUAGCAUGUUCCAGAGAUUUCUGUAAGUCUUUAGCUGACACUAGGAUUCUUCUUAACCUCAUUGAGCAUUCUGCGCUGUGCUCUUGCAGUCAUCUUUGCAGGACGGCAAAUCCUAGGGAGAGUAGCAACAGUGCAGAACUUUUUUCAACAACGUCUUACCAUGGACUGAUGAACAUCGAGUCUUUUAGAGAUACUUUUGUAACCCUUUCCAGCUUUAUGCAAGUGAACAAUUCUUAAUCGUAGGUCUUCUGAAAUCUCUUUUGUUCGAUGUAUGGUUCACAACAGGCAGUGCUUAUUAAUAGCAAACUCAAAUUUUGUGAUUGUUUUUUAUAGGGCAAGGCAGCUCUAACCAACAUCUCCAAUCUUGUCUCAUUGAUUGGACUACAGGUUACCUGACUCCAAUUAGCUUUUGGAGAAGUCAUUAGUCACAUACUUUUUCCAACCUACACUGUGAAUGUUUAAAUUAUGUAUUCAAUAUAGACAAGAAAAAUACAAUAAUGUGUGUGUUAUUAGUUUAAGCACACUGUAUUUGUCAGUUGUGACUUAGAUGAAGAUCAGAUCAAAUUUGAUGACCAAUUUUGCAGAAAUCCAGGUAAUUCCAAAGGGUUCACAUACUUUUUCUUGCCACUGUAUGUGAAAAUAUGAUGGGUAGUGAGGAAUGGAUGGGUGCAUGCAGUAAAGUGCACGAAUAGCAUCUCUUUUUCUUAUUGUACAUAUAGUCACACUCGCCUAAAAGUUGUGUGGGCAUUUAUAAUGGUUCAACCAACAUUCUAAUUGAUUUCAUGUUCCUUUUUUACACCCUAUAAUAAAACUGAUGUUGUAAUGAU